GAGUAUAUCAUUCGGGUUCAAAGAGGAAUUUCUGUAGAAAACAGCUGGCAGAUUAUUAGGAGAUACAGUGAUUUUGAUUUGCUGAACAACAGCCUGCAGAUUGCAGGCCUAAGUCUACCUCUUCCUCCCAAGAAAUUGAUUGGUAACAUGGAUCGUGAAUUCAUAGCCGAGAGGCAAAAAGGUCUCCAGAACUAUCUCAACGUUAUCACCACAAAUCACAUCUUGUCUAAUUGUGAGCUGGUUAAGAAAUUUUUAGAUCCAAACAACUAUUCCGCAAACUACACUGAGAUUGCCUUACAACAGGUUUCCAUGUUCUUCCGAUCAGAACCAAAGUGGGAGGUAGUAGAACCAUUGAAAGACAUAGGUUGGAGGAUAAGGGAGGAAUAUUUCUUGAUGAAGAAAAAUCAGCCAAAGGAACGGCUAGCUGACCUUGGCCCUGACAAAUAUCUGUCAGAUAAAGAUUUUCAGUGUCUGAUCAAACUUCUGCCUUCCUGUUUGCACCCCUACAUCUAUCGGGUCACCUUUGCCACAGCUAACGAGUCCUCAGCACUGCUCAUUAGGAUGUUUAAUGAAAAAGGCACUUUGAAGGACCUGAUCUACAAGUCAAAACCAAAAGACCCCUUCCUGAAAAAGUACUGCAACCCUAAGAAGAUUCAAGGCCUCGAACUCCAGCAAAUAAAAACAUAUGGGCGGCAGAUACUAGAGGUGCUCAAGUUUCUACAUGACAAGGGAUUCCCUUAUGGGCACCUGCACGCCUCUAAUGUGAUGCUGGACGGGGACACUUGCCGGCUGCUGGACCUUGAGAAUUCCUUAUUGGGCCUUCCCUCCUUCUACCGGUCUUACUUCUCACAAUUCAGGAAAAUCAAUACGUUGGAGAGUGUGGACGUGCACUGCUUUGGCCACUUACUGUAUGAAAUGACCUACGGACGGCCUCCGGACGCGGUGCCUGUCGACUCCUUCCCUCCGGCCCCGUCUAUGGCUGUGGUGGCCGUGUUGGAGUCUACGCUGUCUUGUGAAGCCUGUAAAAAUGGCAUGCCUACCGUCUCCCGGCUCUUACAGAUGCCAUUAUUCAGUGAUGUUUUACUAACCACUUCUGAAAAGCCACAGUUUAAGAUCCCCACAAAGUUAAAAGAGGCAUUGAGAAUUGCCAAAGAAUGUAUAGAAAAGAGACUAAUUGAAGAACAGAAACAGAUUCACCAGCAUCGAAGACUGACAAGAGCUCAGUCGCACCAUGGAUCUGAAGAAGAAAGGAAAAAGAGGAAGAUUUUAGCUCGAAAGAAGUCAAAACGAUCUGCUAUUGAAAAUAGUGAAGAACAUUCAGCAAAAUACAGCAACUCCAAUAAUUCAGGAUCUGGGGCCAGCUCACCUCUCACAUCUCCGUCCUCGCCGACUCCGCCCUCUACAGCAGGGAUUUCCACAUUACCUCCACCUCCUCCACCUCCGCCUCCACCACCAGCAGCUCCCUUGCCUCCUUCGAGCACAGAGGUAGCCACACAGCUGCAGCCCCAGGCUGUGAAUGGCAUGAGCCGAGGGGCCUUACUCAGCUCCAUCCAGAAUUUCCAAAAAGGAACUCUGAGGAAAGCCGAAACCUGUGAUCAUAGUGCUCCUAAGAUCAGCUAAAGUUUCGUGUUUACACUUGGAGGGAAAAGUUUUUUUUUCUACACACCUCCAACCACUAAAAUACCCUCUUCCUGGAUGAAGAACUGCUGAACCAGUACAGCCACGUUCUGUUUUGCAGAUGCUCAUGUAAGUGGCUUUUCAAGAGGGAAAUAUUCAAGUAGAUGAUAAAAUCAGGCUGGCAUUGCUGCCUUAAGAGAUCUUUUGCUCCUUUAUUACUAUUUUAAAGGAGUUGUUCAUCCUCUAAUGGGCAUCUUUUGGGAGCAGCAGCAUAUCAGAAUCAAUAUUUCUACCAACUGAAACGGACAAAAACAAUGACAAUAUUCAGUCGCAGCAGUGAAUGGCCUUUGUAUUGCAAUCCUUCCUAUGUCGUCAGGCAGCUCCUAGAAACGUUCCUAAGUUUAUUUCUCUAAAGCAUUUUCUGGUUAUUCUUAGAUUGUAACUCCCAUACCUGCUCCCUUAAUUUCAUCUUAGACAUUAACACAGUAGUCCAAAGCAACUGAGUCAGAGAAGCAACUGAUGUCUUCAUUUUCCCCUCCAAUAGGAUGGAGGAAAUGUGUAUUAUUCUCUAAUGGGAAUACCGUUGUGGAUAUAGAACUUGGGCUGCUAAAGCAACUAUUCUAGACUCAUAGUUCCUUAUAGUUAGAACACAUUGAACAGACAAAACUGUUACCAUCAGAAAAUGCUCUUGUCUGUUAGAGGAUCUUACUCCUGAGCAAUUAAGUUCGUGUUUUGUGGGGAAUUAUUGUUACAACAUAAGCGAAUUUGGCAUUUAUUGAAUUCUGACUUUGGAAAGGUUUAUUCAAAUACAUCAUCUUUAAAUGUUACUCAUUUAUUAGAAAGAUCCUUUAUCUUAUAAUUUGCUUAAUCCUUAAAUAAAUGGCACUUUAAAGGAUUAUAAGUAAUCCAUUUAAAACUUAAAGUACACACAUCAGUGUUGGUUACUAUGCAGAGAGAAUGUCAUUGUCUAUAGUUUCAUGUAAUCUGUGAUAAAUAUGUUCAGCUGUAUUUUUUAUUAAAAUAAACCAUGUCAAGAAAA